AUGGCCGCUGUUUUCAACCGUCUACUCCGUUUCAGGGACACAGGUGGCAAAAUUCAUUAUGGCGAAACAGACGAUCUCUCCGACUGGAAAGGCAAACAGAUUCAAGUUUACAGUGGCGAAGUGCCUUGGGAUCUUUCACCAACGAACAAGAAGGCUGAGGUAGCCGAGGUGCUCUGCCCGUUGCCCGAGGUGCCUCUCUUCUACGGUAUCGGUCUCAAUUACAAGCGCCAUAUCGAAGAAGCUGGUUUUCCAGUCCCCAAACACCCGGUAGUAUUUAUAAAACCACCGGACGCGCUUGCUGGGCCCUUUGAGGAUAUCCCUAUCGACCGAAGAUGCCUGGACAUGGACUACGAAGGAGAGUUAUGCGUCAUCAUUGGCAAAGACUGCAAGAAUUUCCCUAUCGGCGAUGAUCCCUUGGAAUAUGUCCUCGGAUACACUGUUGGAAACGACAUCUCCUCGCGAUUCUGGCAGAUGCCUUCUCAGUCUGGCCAUCAGCAUGGAUAUGCCAAGUCCUUUGACAAAUUUGGCCCAGUCGGACCUCUCAUCGUCAGCCCUCACGUGAAGUCAAUACAGAAUGGAAUGGUUGACGGAAUUCCAGACCUGGCUUUGCGAGUUCUAGUCAAUGGCGAAAAACGACAAAGCAGCCGCACCAGUGACCUGUUAUUUACGCUCAGUGAUCUCUUGGAGCAUCUCAGUCGCGGAACAACAAUCAGGAAAGGGACGAUUAUUAUGACUGGCACUCCAAGUGGGGUUGCGGCUUUUCUAGAUCCCCCUCAAUGGCUACAAUCAGGAGAUGUUGUUGAAGUUGGUAUUGAAGGACUUGGUAGUAUCAGAAACAAGAUUAUUAUUGAGUAG